UCCCACCAGAUGACUCGCCUCGUCGACUGCCUGCUUGCCAAACUCACUUGCUCCCCGCCUUUGUCGACACGGCACAACGGCCUGCCGCCGAGCCUGCCGAGGCCUGCGCCUCCCAAACAUGUGAAGCAUGCCGUACAACAGUCAUCCUUUAGUCAGGGUGCGCACUGAACCAACCUCUUCACCGUCUCUUCCUUGUCCUAGUCAUAUAGUAAUUGAUACGGCAGCCCCGGAAUUCUUGACAUGCCAUCUUUCCACCUGUUCGCUCCCACGACGCUGAUCGCAACCCUGUCGGCACAAUCUGCCGGCGCUCCAAUCCGCCAUGUGCCCUUUGGUGAUAGCAUCACGGAAAUUGUGUGCUGGAGUAGCGACUUCUGCCAACCUUGUUAAUCUACUCAAUGGGCCACUGUGCAUUGGGUCGGCAUCGGGUCGGUCCGAAAACACCUAUAGCGACUCGGCCUAUGACAGCCACCACAA